CCUACCUCCUAGCUCCACCUCCAUUUUUCAGACCUCUCUAAUAAACCCUAAAACCAACGAGAAAAAGCUCGAAAAUUUGAUCACCGAACCUCAAAACAACUUCGACGCAUUUCUCCAACCAUGCUCCGAAUCACAAAGCUCAAACCUUUCCCUUCAUCUCUCACAACCCACAACCUCAUUCAGCGAUUCCCCGUUAGCGGAACCGCAAAGGGAAAAGCGAAGAUCAAAGCUGGACAAGCCCUAAAACGUUCGAAAAUCACAACCAAGAAAAUGGGAUCCGAAUCAAAACCCGGACCCGGUUCCCGAGAGCAACAGGAGCGUGAGAAGCUCUACGAUCAGUGCCUACAAGCUCCAACCCCCGUUCGGUACCUGAAGCCCAAGGAACGCGCGCGAGAAAUUGAGCGCGAGAAAAUGGGGCUGUUGAGCAAAGAGAGGCAGCGAGAAAUUCAGCUGAUGAAGAGGAAGGACGACAAGUACAAGGUUUCGGAGAAACCCACGAUAAUUGGGACGCCGGGGUUGGAUUAUAUCACUUUGGGUUUGGUUGAUGAAGAGAAGAUUCCGAAGUAUGAGUUGACUGUGGAAGAUGGUAGGAAGUUGGCGAAAGAGUAUAGCAGGGUCUUGAUGAGGAAGCACAGGGAGAGACAGGCUAAAGAAACGACACUUUUGAGGCUGAAGAAGGAGGCGAUUGAGGCUUUGCCUGAGGGUUUGAGGGAAGCUGCUUUGGUCCCCGACUUAACACCUUUUCCUGUGAACCGGUUUAUGGCAACCUUGACUCCUCCAAUUGAGGGCUACAUGGAGAAGGUCAGGGAAGCCGCCGAGAAGAUCAGCGGCACUGAGAAGAUUAGAUAAUCACAGGUUCAUUUUCAAGUGGCAGAAGCACAUUUCUUUUAACUUGGGCAUCUAGCUAUGGACCUCGGACUUGAUUUACAUUGUUGCAAUCUGAUAUUGUGGAGCUUAGUGAGGGAUUAAGAUCUUGCUUCAGAAUCUUAGUUGAGAGAGGAAUAAUUGGUGACAAAUAGCUAGUAAUGAUGUGAAUGACUAAUCAUCAUAUAUCUGGUUUAAUGCUGUAAUUUUAUGGUUGGGUGAUUAUUUGUAUAAUUGUCAAGUGCUUAAUCAACUUUAGUACUUGCAUCUUAGGCCUCAACAUACACCAAAUUUUUGUCCGUCUGGUACAUAUGUCUUAGCAUCAUAAAUUACACUGAUUUUUUAAGGCCGCA